GACUACGGCCUCGUCGCAAACGCUUCCAACGUGCUGGGAAACAGCAAAGAGAAAUGCUGCGAUGUGAAGAAGUGCGACACCUACAAGUGCCCCGACAACACAACGUGGGAACCAAACCCGAAGGCCGUGGUAGGCAGUACGAUCGAGCAGUGCUGCACCAAGAAGAUGUGCGACACCUACACGUGCAGCAAAGACAGCCUUCAGAAGACUCCAGUGAAGGGUCUCCAAGGCAGCACUGACGAGGAGUGCUGCGAAACGAAGUUCUGCACUGCGUGGACCUGCAGUGAUAAGACAAAGUGGGUCCACAAAUCGGCCCAGCACGGCAAGACAAACCUCGACCGCCGUGGCUUCUCCGAUGAGGAAUGCUGCGACGAGAAGUACUGCUUGGAGGAGAUUUGUGACCCUGCCACCCAGUGGAAAGGAAAAGAAGGCCUGGACAAGAUCCAGGGCAGCACCCAUGAGCAGUGCUGUGAGAAGAUCUUCUGCGACGACUUCGUGUGUGACACUGAUGUUAACGGCACUGGUGUCGGCACGCAGUGGUACAAGCGCGUGGACACGAACACCUACAAGUGGCAGGGAAGCACCAACGAGGAGUGCUGCAUGCCCAUCUACUGCAGCCAGUACACCACCAGCCAUCCUACCCGCUGGGUGAGGAAGAAGGACGCGAGCUUGCAUGGCAGCACCGACGUGGAGUGCUAUGAUCCGCUCUGGUGCUCUGAAUACUGCUGCGACAAGCAGUCAGGC